CCCCCAGAUUCCCAAUUAUGGCAUUCUCGCCAAUCCCUGUUGCCCACCUUGGCACGAAUGCUACUUGUACCGACCCCUCUGCAGACUACCUUAUAAUACUUGGCCCAGAUGAACCAAGACAAGAACAACGUGAAGUAAAGCUGAGCUCUGCAGUACAGGUUUGCAAUGUCAUAUAUGGUGCAGAUUUUGCUUACCAUCAUACUUCUCUUUCUCUCACUGUUACCUUUUUCUGCGAGCCUCCAUGCUGCCAGUGGUUCAACCAAAAGCAGGCCGGAGGUAAUUUAUGCUCGACAUGGUGCUGUUGCAACUGAUGAUGGCCGAUGUUCCAAAAUUGGGAUGACUGUUCUUCGAGAAGGAGGACACACUGUCGAUGCAUCUGUAGCUGCUGCUUUGUGCUUAGGAGUGGUGAGUCCGGCGUCAAGUGGCAUUGGUGGGGGAGCCUUCAUGCUUAUUAGGCAAGGCAAUGGGAAGGCACAGGCCUUUGAUAUGAGAGAAACCGCCCCCGCGCUAGCUUCUCAGAAUAUGUAUGCUGCCAAUGCUACUUUGAAAAGUAAAGGCGCUCUCUCUGUAGCAAUUCCAGGGGAACUGGCAGGCCUUCAUGAAGCUUGGAAACAACACGGAAAGCUUCCAUGGGAAAGGCUUGUAAAUCCUGCUGAGCGCCUUGCUCGUUUGGGAUUUAAGAUUUCACCCUACCUCAACAUGCAAAUGACUAAAACAGAAUCAGGAAUCUUGGCAGAUGAGGGCCUUCGUCAUAUAUUUACAUCAAAUGGAAAGCUCUUGCAGCCAGGUGUAAUGUGCCGUAACAAGAAACUGGCAAAGACGCUGAGACAAAUCUCAAAGCUUGGUCCUGUAGCCUUCUAUAAUGGUUCUGUUGGAUCCAAAUUCGUUAGAGAUGUUCGGAAGGCUGGAGGAAUACUUACAAUGAAUGAUUUGCGAAGUUAUAGAGUUAAAGUGACAAAGCCGUUAUCUAUUCAUACUCUAGGACAUAAAAUACUAGCUAUGCCUCCACCAUCUGGAGGUCCUCCUUUGAUACUUAUGCUAAACAUUCUUUCCAACUAUGGAAAUAUUUCUGGAGUUUCUGAUCCUCUUUGGGUCCAUCGAGAGAUUGAAACCUUGAAGAAUGUGUUUGCCGUGAGGAUGAAUCUUGGUGACCCUGACUUUGUUAAUGUGACUAAAGUUCUAGCUGAUAUGCUAUCUCCUAAAUUUGCCAAGGAGUUGAAGAAAACCAUACUCGACAACAUGACAUUUGAUCCCAGUCAUUACGGUGGCAGAUGGAAACAGAUCAAUGAUCAUGGCACCAGUCAUUUGUCCAUAGUAGAUCAUGAGCAAAAUGCCAUCUCCAUGACCUCUACUGUGAACGCGUACUUUGGUGCACAAAUGCUGUCAUCGAGUACAGGAAUAGUCCUAAACAAUGAAAUGGAUGAUUUCUCCAUACCUGGAAAUGUUUCAACUGGUCCACCACCAGCGCUAGCCAAUUUUAUCAGGCCAGGAAAAAGACCAUUGUCGUCCAUGACACCUACCAUAAUCCUGAAGGAUGAGCAACUUAAAGCAGUUGUAGGUGCAAGUGGAGGAGCCAUGAUCAUUCCUGCAACAGCAGAGGUACUCUUAAAUCAUUUUGCAAGGGGAAUGGAUCCACUAUCUUCUGUCCUGGCUCCACGGUUUUAUCAUCAGCUGUAUCCUAAUGUGGUGCACUAUGAAAAUUGGACAACCGUGAUAGGUGAUCACUUUGAACUUCCUGCUCAAAUCAGGAAAUCCCUACAAAAGAAAGGUCAUGUCCUUGAGCCUCUUGCUGGUGGAGCUAUUUGCCAGUUUAUAGUUAUAGAAGCUUUGAAGAAAAAUGGAGGUAGUCAAGAGUUUGUGGCAGUGAGUGAUCCAAGAAAAGGAGGGAUUCCUGCUGGCUUCUAGAUAUCGGAUUGGUGUUGGGCGAAUGUAAUUCAAGAUAAUUAUUGCUCCUGUACCAGUCUCCCCUUUAAAAUUGUUAGUGAGCAAUUACAUCUAGAACGAGAAUGAAACUUUCUGCAAAAUUGCUCCA